AGAAACGUUUAAUUAGUAUAUGAUAGUAUUUUAUAGUAUUUUUAUACGUGUUAUAAAUAUAUGUAUUUACGUUUGCCUCCAUUAUGUUUCACGUCUCUGCCGGUGUUGGUUGUGUGGUUACACUACUUUGUUUGUCGCCAUGUCAAUCUGUAAUCCCGCCGAUUGUGAAGUGCGUUCUGUUAUUCGGUUUUUAAACGCGAAAAAAGUUCGUCCUGCUAAAAUUCAUCGGCAGCUUGUUAAAGUUUAUGGUGAAGGUGUAAUGAAUGAUGAAAAUGUGCGUAAAUGGUGUAGGUUUUUUAAUGAAGAAAGGACAAAUGAACGCUCGGCCUCACGUUGCGGCAAGAACAAAAAGACAGCUGGUCAACUUUCAUUGGGAAUUACUGGAUCAUUCACCAUAUAGCCCUAAUUUAGCACCAUCGGACUUUUAUCUUUUUCCAAAACUUAAGGAAUUUCUUGGUGGAAAGCGAUUGGAAAAUGAUAACCGACUGAAAGAAAUUGUUACUAAUUAGUUUAACGGUCAGGCGGCACAGUUCUUUAAUGAGGGGAUCCAAAAGUUGGUGCCACGACUUAACAAAUGUUUAGAUAUUAAUAGCGACUAUGUUAAAAAGUGAAAAAAUGUUCAUAUUUUAGUUUGUGAUAUAAUUUACGUUCAUAAUUAAAAUUUUCCUUACACCAUUACAAAACGGUUCUUAGUUUAAAAAUGACCCUCGUAUUAUUUUAAUAUAUAACAUCUAUUUACAUGAGAGCAUAACGAUAAAAAUUUGAAUAAAAAAUAUAAAUUAUUGCGACUAUAGAUUAUAAUAUUAAUGCAUUACUAUAUUUCUUGCUUUAUAGACGUUGGCCUAUUUGAUCAUGAUUGACGACGUUUUAGAUCAGGCAAUAUUUCGCAGAGACAAACCAUGUUGGUAACGACAUGACGAAACAAAUUUAAUGGCCAUCGAUGAUGCUUUAUUGUUACAGAGCAGUGUGUAUUAUUUAAUAGAAAAACAUUUUAAAGGGAAAGAAUGUUUCAUUUAUUUAGUAGAAACAUUUCUACAGAUAUGUAUGUAUAUCUGUAUAAUAUUUGUGUGUAAAGUCGGUUUAAAUUUUUCUUUGAAAAAUUUUUUAUGAAAACAUAUUUGCAGGCUACAUUUGAUACAAAUAGGGCAGUUUUUGGAUAUGUCCUCGACUUCAUAGAAAUUUAAUCUGGAUCGAUUUACAAUGAAUCGAUAUAAUUCCAUCGCUUACUCCAAAUCAUCAAAAAUAGCAUUUUUAAUGCCAGUAUUUUUAGCAAUGCAUUAUGCUGGAAUCGAAAAAGUUCAAGAGAUGUUCAAGCAAUCAGAAACUAUCUUGUUAGAGUUGGGACAGUUUUAUCAAAUUCAAGACGAUUGCUUAGGUUGCUUUUUCGAUUUGCGCAAAGAUAAUACUGAUAUAGAAGAAGGAAAAUGUACGUGGUUAAUUGUUAAAGCUCUUGAACUCGUCACUCCGGAACAGCGUAAAACUUUAGAAGUAAAUAUCGUUGGUUACAUGUGUUUUCCUAAACGUUGUUGCAUUAAUCAAUUUUCUUAUUUUUUUCUUUGUUUUUCAGGAAUGUUACGGAAAAAACAAAACACGUAAAACAGCUCUACAUUGAUUUGGAUUUGCAGAAUGCUUAUUUUAAACACGAAAAAUAAACAUAUAAUGCAAUAACUGCACUGAUAGAGAAAAUAUCAUACAAAAAUCUACAACAUUUUUUCAUGGGUUUAUUAGAGAAGCUUUAUGGCAGACGAAUCUGUUUUGGAUAAACAUAUCUUAAAUACUACUAUUUUAAGCAAGUAUUUCUUUUAAGCAUGUUUAACCUAAAUUUUGAGCAAUGUAAAAAAUUAAUAAAUUCUAUGUUUCCUACUGUUACGUCCAACGGACUCCACGAUUUUCCCUUUCGCCGAUAACGGAAAUUCCCGCCGUGUCAUAAAGAAAAUUGGCGACACAAGACAUCUGUCCCUAAGAAACAUAACUCUGAAGUAUACAACCGAAAUGAUAACGCGAAAAUAUAAAAAGAAACUAUAUAUCAAAAACGUACAUGCUCAUCCUGACGUAACGUAAAGACAAACAGGACCCAUAGAAAUUACAUAAAACAAGGGACCGACGGGAGAUAAAAUUGAAACGAAUACCGAAUGGAAAAUGUCAAAAUUAUAAUUUACGGCCCUGGCCUUCCCGUCAAACACAUAUGCUCUGACGACAAUAUUCGGGUUAUAAAAACGGGAAAGCCAGGAUGCAAAGGAAAGAAACUUAAACUUGGCGCCGACAACGAUAUAACGCAGAAUCGGGACGACGGUCAAGAAAAUAACAAACCAUAAAUUAAAAUUUAUGGACAUGGUCCUGUUCGCUUACGUGGAGGUCGCGACACAAAUCACUCUUAUUAACGAUACAACAACGAACCCUAAAAACAAUAAAUGACACGAGAUACCGGGAUUAUAAACCUAACCCUCGAAAAAGGGGAAACUGUCGAUAAAAAAGCCCUCGAACGAUUGGACGAUUCCACAACUCGCCCCCUUAAAAUUAAGGAAACUCGGGAGAAGAUGGAGAACUAACCAAUGAUAGAUCAUCCUGGAGGAUGAUUACCAAGGUUAGUUAGCAAACUAGCCAACGACAAGUCGAGUCUAAAAAAAAACUACAUUCCUCCCGCUCGACUCGCUACGUCCUUCCUUUCAAGUUCUAUAAAAUGUCCAAUUUCCUAACACUCAUCAUCAUUUGAUUCCUUCUCAAACUAGAGUCAAAACUGUACGCGCUAUUUAAAUUCUCAAAGCAGUAUUUGCUAGUACAACUCAAAAUUAGAAUCUGUGCCUCAAUCAAGCAACAACCGAGCUUCCGAGGUCAGCCCAGAACCGACUUAACCGCAAAGCCUUCGAGGAGAGAAAGAGAGAUCUGACGUUCCUUCUAUUUUCAUCGAUCAAAAAGUAAGUUAUUUUUAUUAGUCACUUAACAGAUUCCCCUAAUUCGCUUAUUGAUUAUCGAUUAGUGGGCAAAAUUUACAUCCCGAGAAAGUCGCGACCCCAUCGUCAUCGCCCGAAUCGUCUCUGGGAAUACGUCAGGAGGCAAGUCGUUCUCCUCGAGUGCCUCUGGGUAAUUCUAAGAACAAGGGGACUCGAGAAUUUGCGCCAGAAACCGGCUCCUGAAUGGGCGCCGCUUUUGGAAAUAUCUCCGCUUAUCCCAGAGGAACGCGACCCACCUUCCCCUCCCCCAUCUUCUCCGUCCACCGCUCCCUCUAACUCUUCUCUCCUUACACAUAGGAUCGCUCCUGAUACCCCUCCGUACUUCCCUCUCCCCGAGAAUCUCGUUAAUCUUCCUUCCCCCUCGUUAAUCUUCCUUCCCCCUCGUACUCUCCUGUCCAAAAGGAUCUCUCUGAUCCUCCUUCUCCCUUGAGUUCUGCGCCUAGUGUAGAAUUCUUAAAGGAAAUCUCCCCUCCUCCUUCGCCAGCGAAUUCCACGUCCAGCGUGGAAUUCUUGGAAGAAGUAAUCCCCCUUUCCGGGACUAUUAAAAAUAGUUUGUCAAAUUUUAAUGUAGAAAAGGUACCUUUUAUAAAAAUUUUAUGUACUAUUUGCACUGUUUAUAAAUAAAAAUGUAGUCAUUGCGAUUGUCGUACUUUUCCUAUGCUAUUCUUAGAUUAUUUCUAGAAUUCUUAGAUUACACAAUUUUCUAGAAGCGCGGCCGCAGCUCGCGCCUAUGUAGGAGAAGCGAGUCACAGACCGAUCCUCUUUUACGCGAGUCAGGAAGUUCCAAUUUACUUUCACGCGAGUGCAAAUGGUUUCUCACAAAAUGUGGAAACAAUUGUCGCGCGGCAACAUAGGAAAUUACAUUCCUUAUUUAUUGAGAACUGUAAGUUAAUCUGCAUUAGUGCAAGUGACCCUAAGUCUAUUAUAUAUGAAUCAUUUUUCGACCUCAACCAAAUUCUAAAAUAAAUAAAAAUAAAUUGUUUACUUGGUACGUUUAAUUUACUUGAAUUGAUCGAAAAAAAUUCAUUGGUUGAACUACAAAGUGUCAAAAAUACGAAGUUUUAAGGACCCAUUAGUCUGCCGUGCUUCAAUAUAUUUCGGCAGUUUAUUUUUUCCUGCUGUCAGUUUCUUAAUUUAAUAAAGCCAAGUUAUAGAAUCACCCGCCGUAACGAUUAUCGAUAGCGCAAGCGACGAUUGUCGAUAGCUAACGAUACCGACAAUCAUCGUUAAGAAGUUAGAGAAUCCCGGUACAGGAGUGGCUUGUGAACUUAGCGCCACUCAUUGCACUGAUAUAGAAGGAGGAAACACAUUUUGGGAUCCUGUGCCAGCCGACUCUUGCAAAUUUUUCGACUAUAGCGUUUUAUAUCAAGGAUAUGCAGAUAAAAUGAUCGAUAAUAUAAAGGAAGGCUCACAAACUGCUUAUUCGUUAAUUGCACAGGAAAAGGUUUUCGCUUUUACUAGCAUGAGAAAAUACACGACGUGUGGUUAUACGCUUACACGGACCGAACACCCAAAAUUAAUAAUUUUUGAAACUUUACCCAGCGUUGCAGUUUUCAAAAAAUUCGACCGAAUAUCUAAUCGCGAUAUCUUCGCUUACAUGAACUCAAAAUUCGUUUAUGUGGAAAAACACAUACGUACGCAAAUCAAUCAAAUGUACAGAAAUAUUUUAUUGCAGCAAUGUAACCUCGAACUAAGAAUGUUGCAAAAUGCCUUGGCCAUAGCAACACAGUCACCCGAUAUUUUUGCUUAUCACUUCAUGAGAGAGCCCGGAUACAUGGCUCUCUUACCUGGAGAAGUAAUUCACAUAAUAAAAUGCGUACCUGUCGAAGUGAGAUUGGCACAGACUCAAAAUUGUUAUGAACAAUUACCAGUACUACAAGAAAAUCAAACAUUAUUUUUAACACUUCAAACACACAUAUUAUUGAGACAAGGCACACAGGUUACUUGUAAUACUUUUGCCCCGCCUAUGUAUCUCCUAGGAGAUGCUUGGUAUAAAAUUAUUCCGAAACCAAUAGAAGCAUCAUCGCCGACUAUCAUGAAACCGCUGACUAAACCUACGUGGAAAUACAUAAACCCUGGAGCGCUUGCCACCAGCGGCAUAUAUUCACAAAACGAUUUAGAAGAACUCAGAAAUCACAUAAUGUUUCCUGCGGAAAGGCCUUCAAUACUUAACACCGUAGCCAGAGGAGUAAUGGGUCAACCAACUCAACUAUACGAAGGAUCAAUCUCUAAUCUCAUUGGUGAGGCAUCAUUCCAGAAAAUCACAACCACCAUCUGGGAAAGGUUUGGGGUAAAUUUUUAUUCUUUGGAAACAUCAGUGUGGGAUUAAUGGGAAUAUAUUUGUUCGCGAGAGGCUUUAAAUUAUUAUUGGAUACAUUCGUACACGGAUACGCUCUGCAUACCGUAUAUGGAUGGUCAAUACAUCUAAUAAGAGCCGUAUGGGAUUCAGCAACACAUCUUUUAUUACACUUGGGCAAAAACAAUCAAACAAAAAAGAACAAUAAAGAAGGUCCCUCAGCCCCAGAGGCCGAAGAAAGGGAGCACAAGCAGCCAGGCGGCAUAAAAAACAAAGAAACAACAUACCCUCUCCUACCUGCAAAAGAAACAGCAGCAUAUACCCUCGAACUCAGAAACUGAGAAAAGAAGGAGGAGAGGGGACGCAAAUACCGCUCUAUCCGAAUUCUCUGAUAAUCUAAUUACAUUACUUAUCUUACAUGUACACGCUACGACGUGUAAACAAAUCUCCUUACCCGAAAUCACACGUUACGACGCGUAAGCAAAUUUUCUCGUACAAAAUCACACGCUACAACGUGUAGACUUAAUUCGAUUAACUCAAAUAAUCACAUCAUACACUUCUAAAAAUAAACCUUAAUGUUUUUAGAAACAAAAUGGAAAUUAAGUCCGUCGAUACCGCCUUCCUGACGCGCGGAUCUUUGAAAGUCAAAAUUAUCAAGGAGGACUCACCGACUUUCUUUUGGAUCCACAUUGACCACGCGAGGGAACAUUUAGAGGAGUUACUAGAAGACCUGACUAGCAGGAUGACAAGAAGGGGGCGGUUCCUACGAUUCAUCGGGCCCAUUCUACCCAAUGAACUGGUAGCAGUCCAGGAGGGAAGACUAUGGCAAAGAGGGGUAGUAACCCAUUUUAUAAAAAGCGAUAUCGUGGCGGUCGCUUUGCGCGACUGGGGCCGCGUAAUUCAGAAAUCCAUCCUCGAUCUUUAUAUACUGGAGGAUCGCUUCCGUGAGGAAAAUUGGGGAGCUGUCCCAUGCGGGCUUGCCCACAUUCAACCGAUCGGUGGAAAAGCGAGAUGGCCCCAAAGGUCCCGCGAACUCGCUCGGCUGCUAUUGGAGAAGCGAGAGGGAUGGAUGAGAAUCCUCCGGCCUGUAAGGAAGAAUGCAGCGACCAUCGCACUGGAGUUAAAAUGCGGGAGUGAGGAAGAGAUUAAUAACCCGCGAGAAUUACUGAUCCGCAUAGGAUGCGCUGAGUGGACUGAAGAACUCAUAAACUCCGCACUACCCAGCAUAACACACGAAAUUUGUUAAAAAUAAUUAUAAGUUCAAAUAAUAAUUAGCCAAAAUAAUUGCGAGUUCAAAUAAUAAUAAUUUGUUAGGAACAAUUAUAAGUUCAGACAACCAUAAGUUAAGAUCUAUAGAUAUAAUGGCAAUCAAUGAUGCUUUAUUGUUACAGAGCAAUGUGUAUUAUUUAAUAGAAAAACAUUUUAAAGGGAAAGAAUGUUACAUUAAUUUAGUAGAAACAUUUCUACAGGUAUGUAUAUAUAUCUGUAUAAUAUUUGUGUGUAAUGUCGGUUUAAAUUUUUCUUUGAAAAAUUUUUUAUGAAAACAUAUUUGCAGGCUACAUUUGAUAAACAAAUAGGGCAGUUUUUGGAUACGUCCUCGACUUCAAAGAAAUUUAAUCUGGAUUGAUUUACAAUGAAUCGAUAUAAUUCCAUCGCUUACUCCAAAUCAUCAGAAAUAGCAUUUUUAAUGCCAGUAUUUUUAGCAAUGCAUUAUGUAAGUUUACUUUUUGUUUCCUUUUUUUACAGAAAAAACUGAUCUCUUUACAUGAUAAGAAAUUGUGACGUUGCUUAACGUAGGCUGGAAUCGAAAAAGUUCAAGAGAUGUUCAAGCAAUCAGAAACUAUCUUGUUAGAGUUGGGACAGUGUUAUCAAAUUCAAGACGAUUGCUUAGGUUGCUUUUUCGAUUUGCGCAAAGAUAAUACUGAUAUAGAAGAAGGAAAAUGUACGUGGUUAAUUGUUAAAGCUCUUGAACUCGUAACUCCGGAACAGCGUAAAACUUUAGAAGUAAAUAUCGUUGGUUACAUGUGUUUUCCUAAACGUUGUUGCAUUAAUCAAUUUUCUUAUUUUUUUCUUUGUUUUUCAGGAAUGUUACGGAAAAAACAAAACACGUAAAACAGCUCUACAUUGAUUUGGAUUUGCAGAAUGCUUAUUUUAAACACGAAAAAUAAACAUAUCAUGCAAUAACUGCACUGAUAGAGAAAAUAUCAUACAAAAAUCUACAACAUUUUUUCAUGGGUUUAUUAGAGAAGCUUUAUGGCAGACGAAUCUGUUUUGGAUAAACAUAUCUUAAAUACUACUAUUUUAAGCAAGUAUUUCUUUUAAGCAUGUUUAACCUAAAUUUUGAGCAAUGUAAAAAAUUAAUAAAUUCUAUGUUUCCUACUGUUA